UUUCGUCACUUCCGUGUGCCUCGGCGGCUUUCGUCCGGAUGGACUCUGGAACGCGUUAGGUUUCUUUGCCUGUGACUUCUCCACAGCACUCGCCUCACGCAGCGCCCAGUGCGGGGAUAUGAGUGUUCCUGAGCCACCGCCUCCAGACGGGGUCCUUACGGGGCCUUCCGACAGCCUGGAGGCCGGCGAGCCCACGCCGGGCUUAAGCGACACGUCUCCAGAUGAAGGACUGAUAGAGGACUUCCCUGUGGACGAUAGAGCUGUAGAGCACUUGGUGGGAGGCCUGCUGUCCCACUACUUACCAGAUCUGCAGAGGUCCAAGCGAGCACUCCAGGAACUCACACAGAACCAAGUUGUGUUACUAGAUACACUGGAACAAGAGAUUUCAAAAUUUAAAGAAUGCCACUCCAUGUUGGACAUCAAUGCUUUGUUCACAGAGGCGAAGCACUAUCACGCCAAGCUGGUGACUAUAAGGAAGGAGAUGCUGCUGCUCCAUGAGAAAACGUCCAAGUUGAAAAAAAGAGCACUGAAGCUGCAGCAGAAGCGGCAGAGAGAAGAGCUGGAGAGGGAGCAGCAACGCGAAAAGGAAUUUGAAAGAGAAAAGCAGCUGACAGCCAAGCCAGCCAAGAGGACAUGAGGAGCCUGCCUUCGGGUUCCUGGCCCAUCCUGCUUCCUGGAUCCCCAUUGCUGUACACAGAGAGCGAGGCGUGGCCGGUGCCUUAUGCCGUGGCAUGUCCUGAAAUGUUUCCAGGGUUGCUGUGUCUUUCAACUCUUGCUUAACUUUACAAUUAUUAUUUGAUCUUAAAUCAUUUGGAAAAUGAAAAACACUUUGGCUGUUCCAGAGUCUGGGUUCAAAAUGAGCAGAAGGUCUGAGCUCCUUGAGAAUUGAUUUUAGUUUCAGUUUCUCCUUUCCUGAAGGCAGGCCUUUCCUGUAUGGCCACACUGAUUUUUGGCAAUUGCUUUUUAUUGUUUAAAGAGAAAUACCAAUUGUCUGAUCACGAAUCUCCCAGCAAGAGAGCUGCUGAGCUUUUAUGAAGACCAUAGGCAGUGUGUGCACACUGGAAACACCAGGACCUUAGAUGCAGGCUGGGAGUUGAUGGCAGACAGAUUUUUCCAGCCCUUCUCCUCAGUUUUCCCCUGUUGCUGCUGCUGUAGAUUUUGGGUUCAGGGCAGGAUUCUAUCCAUUCCUAAUGCUGUGCAACAAUGGUGGACCUGCCAGAUCCUCAAAGGCAUCUCUCUCUCUCUCUCUCUUUCUCUUUCUCUCUCUCUCUCUCUGUGUGUGUGUGUGUGUGUGUGUGUGUGCAUGCUACAAUGUAACAAUGUUUCUGUACUUCCUCCCUCCCUCCCCACUCCCCCUUUCUUUCUAGAGACAGCAGGCUCUCUAUAAAGCCCUGGCUGUCCUCAAGAACCUGUGGGGACCAGGUUGGCCUCAAACUUAACAAUCCACCUGCCUCUUAUUCCCAAGUGCUGGGAUUAAAGGUGUGCACCGCCAUGCCUUGUUCUGGUUUUUAAGUAGAACAAAAUCUGCUGCUGCUCACAUCAUAUGUAAAUAGUGUACAGAAGAGAGGGCAUGAUGCCUUUACUGUUUUCUAGAACUUUUUUCCCUGUUGUUGUAUGUAGGAGUUUACUCUGUAAGGCAAGAUGAAGUAUCAUUGUUGGAAAUCAAAAGUGCAGUAGUAUACUUUCUCGUCUUAGUGUUUAAUAGGAAGCUUGUUUCUAGACCCUAUUGUGUGUGAGCAGCACAAGCUACAAAGGUGUCUGAUUAGAAUGCGCAUCUUUUAUAGCCCACAUUACCCUUUUAGUAAGCUGGGAUUACUACCUCUGAUCACAUACGGGGCGAUAGAGAGAUCGAUAAAGAGGACCAGUGCUCAGAACCUGUAGCUUAAAGAAAGGCAUAACUUUCUUUGAAGGAGCCCGCUCCUUCCUAAUGAAUGAAUUGUGAUCCCACAGAUAUUGAUCUUGACUUCUGUUCAAGAAUAUAAUGAGUCUAUUUGAAAGGCUGUAACCCUUAGUCACUUGUUGUCACUCCUAGAGCACAAGUCAAUAGGACCUGCAGGACAAUGUCAUUACCUUGCAAAAUGUUACAAUAAAAUGCCUGAUAGCUGACGAAGGCUGGCGAUUCUUUUCAUGCUGACUUUAGACCAGUGGUGGUGAUUGUUUCAAGUGCUGUUCCUGGACACUUCUGGAAAACUUCCUCAGUCUUAAAGUGAAUCUAUUCUUUGUUUUGCUUAAAGUUUCUGCCAGCGAUUCUGGUAUACCUUAAAGGAUGAGGCACUUCUGGGUCUGGCUGCCACUGGCAGGGUUUCCCACACUAAACUGCAUGUCCUUUUCACCUGGGAACUUAAGAAAGUGCAGACAUUACCAGUUCUGUUGUGGGGCCAUAGAAGAGUUGGAGUGCUCCAGAUUCUGAUGCAAGGAACUGGUGGGAUAGACCGUCCAGUGGCUUACACUCAUAAGCAAUGCAAUCGUUUCAAAGCUACCCAGUAAUUUGUGGAAUUAAUCUUAAGAAAGAAAUUAUUCACUACUGCUUUUGAUAGAAUCAGAUUUAAAACUGAACCUUAGCUAGCAGGAAAUUAAGAGUCCUAGUUAAUGAAUUGGAUUUUUUUUUCCCGAGACAGGGUUUCUCUGUAUAGCCCUGGCUGUCCUGGAACUCACUCUGUAGACCAGGCUGGCCUCAAACUCAAAUCCACCUGCCUCUGCCUCCCGAGUGCUGGGAUCAAAGGCAUGCGCCACCACGCCCCGCUAAUUGGACUUUUUGACCUGUAUUAAAAUAAUCAUGUUUAAUGAAUGGAUGGCAAUGUGGCAAUAUGUUUUGAGAAUUAUAUUAAGUUUUUAAGACUUUUUAACAUAUCAGAAAGAUGGGCUGGAGAGCUUGUUCAGCAGUUAAGAGCACUUAAUGCCUUUGCAGAGGACCAGGAUUCUAUUCCUACCUCCCACUUGGCAGCUCACAGCCAUCUGUACCUCCAGUUCCAGGGGAUCCAGUCCCCUCAUCUGGCUUCUGUAGCAUCAGGCCACAUAGAUGGUGCACCUACUCACACGUAGAUGAGACACUCACCCACAUAAUAGAGAAAUAAAUCUACAAAAAGAAGUAUACAUCAUUACCCACCACUUUAAGGUCAGAGGUUAAUCAGAAACACCAUAGGUGAUGAAGCCCUAAAGUUUUAUCUGUAUUUCAGUAACGUGGAAACACAAUAACCAAACACUUGCUGUAUUUUUCAACAAAUAGAAAUUGGCCAAAAGAAAAUUGUUUUUGAAAUAAUAUCAGAUAUGUAUGGUGCUGACAUGCGGGGUGCUCAUUUUCAGCUGAUUUGUCAUGAGUGUCAGGCAAAUGUGCAGACAUUGAAUGGAGAUGUGUCCACAGUGAAUUGUGGUGUGGAUUCAGUUCACCAGUACCAAUUAUAUGCUGAAACACCUUUGUUUGAUUUUGAUCCUAUAAAUGAAAACUACUUUUAUGAACUUAAUAAAAACGUCAGAAUCACCCAGCAUUGUUUAUC